AUGAAGUGCAGUGGGAAAGUAGGGUACUUCUUUAACCUGAAAAAGGAGUACGGAGAGAAGAGGGCGACUACCAUCUUGAGGACCCUGGAGGAGGAGAAGACUGUCCAAGGAGCAUUCAUAACCGAUUUUGUAAAAGUAGAUUAUCUCAAUGUGACAAAAAUUCUGUUAUUCAUGGUUGGGUCAAAUAAGGUGCAGACCAGUUUCGAUGGCCUGUAUGUGGAUGGGGCGUAUGCACAUUUGCUGACCCAUGGGGGAGAGGCAGCGGUCUCCCAGGGGGACCGUCAAAAUGGUGUUAUCCUUUCCGCCAGCGCAGGGGUGAACACUGCAAACGUGAAUCGCAGCGAAACGAAGGAGGAAACGCAUCCAUGCGGAGAACAGUCAACCGUUGAAGAAAACCCAAGUGGAGCGAACACCCUGAUUAGCCGCCCCCGCCCAGCAGAAAAUUACGAAAAAAUAAUCAUUCAAAAAUCAGAGGUCCUAAACGCAGGUGAUAUAAUGAAGCACGAUGGAGAAGUGGAAAAUAUAAACGAAGUCAUUUACUAUUUAAACCCCUGUUCUGUCCUAUCAGCAUAUUUUGUGGAUGUAAAAAAAAACGAAAAUGUGUUAGACAUGUGUGCAUCUCCAGGGGGCAAGUCCCUUGUCCUCGCAAACCAGCUGUUCGGGUAUGACUCCUCUCCAGUGAAGAGAAUUAAAAACAUGGAAUACCUAAAGGAUGGGAGUAUACAAAUUACAUGCUCGUUAGAUAUGGUGAAUUAUUACACCACGAAUAGGCAAGGGUUUUUUGUUGCGAACGAAUUUAAUCGAGUAAGGUACGACAGAUUGAAACAAGUACUAAGUAAGCAUUUGCCAAAAGAUCUGCUGACUUCGAAUAAUUUUCACAUCACAAAUUAUAAUGGACUAAACGUGAACUCCUUUUUAAGGUUCCCAAGGUUCCACAAAAUACUGCUAGACGUUCCUUGCUCCACUGAUGAACAUUUAAUAAAAAAAAAAAAAAAUGAUUUGCUUAACAAAUGGACAGACAAGGUGAUAAAAAAUAACGCAAGUGUACAAUUUGAGUUGUUAAAUAACUCCUUUCAACUUUUGCACACAAAUGGCACUCUCGUUUAUUCGACCUGUGCUCUUUCUCAUCAUGAGAAUGAUCACGUGAUUGAGAAAUUUUUAAAAAAAUAUAAAAAGCAAGUUCAAAUUAUUGAUUUUGUGAAGGAAGAGUAUCAGAAACGGUUCCAUGCGGAUGAUUGCGAUCGUUUAUUUACGGCGUCUUUUGGAGGGCAGCAUGUUGGGGAUACACCCACUGGAAGUGAUAGCAUUGUGAGUGAUGGGCCUAGAACCCAUUUCUUAUCCUUCUUUGAGAAAACCAAAUAUGGUUACAUUUCCCUGCCAGAUAGGUCACCCUUUGGAAUUUUAUACAUUUGUAAGAUUCGAAAAAUUUGA